AUGACUGGCAAUGCGGGCAGGGCUACCCUGCUGAAGACCGGUGUGCAGUGCCCCACUCUAUCCAACCCUACAAACGGUGCUGUGAGCUACAGCUCCAGGAACUACGGAGAUGCGGCCUCCUACUCGUGUAACACAGGAUACAACCUGAAUGGCUACUCUACACGGACGUGUCAGUCUUCAGGCUCAUGGAGUUAUAGUGCACCAACUUGUCAAGCCGUGCAGUGCCCGACACUAUCCAACCCUACAAACGGCGCUGUGAGCUACAGCUCCAGGAACUACGGAGAUGUGGCCUCCUACUCGUGUAACACAGGAUACAACCUGAAUGGCUACUCUACACGGACGUGUCAGUCUUCAGGCUCAUGGAGUCAAACUGCACCAGCUUGUGCAGCCGUGCAGUGUCCCACAGUAUCCAACCCUACAAACGGUGCCGUGAGCUACAGCUCCAGGAACUACGGAGAUGUGGCCUCCUACACGUGUAACACAGGAUACAACCUGAAUGGCUACUCUACACGGACGUGUCAGUCUUCAGGCUCAUGGAGUUAUAGUGCACCAACUUGUCAAGCCGUGCAGUGUCCGACACUGUCCAAUCCAACAAACGGCGCUGUGAGCUAUAUCUCCAGGAACUACGGAGAUGUGGCCUCCUACUCGUGCAAUACAGGAUACAACCUGAAUGGCUACUCUACACGGACGUGUCAGUCUUCAGGCUCAUGGAGUUAUAGUGCACCAACGUGUGGUGCCAUGCAGUGCCCCACACUAUCCAACCCUGCAAACGGUGCCGUGAGCUACAGCUCCAGGAACUACGGAGAUGUGGCCUCCUACUCGUGUAACACAGGAUACAACCUGAAUGGCUACUCUACACGGACGUGUCAGUCUUCAGGCUCAUGGAGUCAAACUGCACCAACUUGUGGAGUCGUGCAGUGUCCCACACUAUCCAACCCUACAAACGGUGCUGUGACCUACAGCUCCAGGAACUACGGAGAUGUGGCCUCCUACUCGUGUAACACAGGAUACAACCUGAAUGGCUCCUCUACACGGACGUGUCAGUCUUCAGGGUCAUGGAGUCAAACUGCACCAACUUGUGGCGACGUGCAAUGCCCGGCUCUAUCCCACCCUACAAACGGUGCCGUGAGCUACAGCUCCAGGAACUACGGAGAUGUGGCCUCCUACUCGUGUAACACAGGAUACAACCUGAAUGGCGCCUCUACACGGACGUGUGAGUCUUCAGGCUCAUGGAGUAAUAGUGCACCAACUUGUGGUGUCGUGCAGUGCGCCACAUUGUCCAACCCUACAAACGGCGCUGUGAGCUACAGUUCCAGGAACUACGGAGAUGUGGCCUCCUACUCGUGUAACACAGGAUACAACCUGAAUGGCUACUCUACACGGACGUGUCAGUCUUCAGGCUCGUGGAGUUAUAGUGCACCAACUUGUGAUGGAUACAACCUGAAUGGCUACUCUACACGGACGUGUCAGUCUUCAGGCUCAUGGAGUUAUAGUGCACCAACGUGUGGUGCCGUGCAGUGCCCCACACUAUCCAACCCUACAAACGGUGCCGUGAGCUACAGCUCCAGGAACUACGGAGAUGUGGCCUCCUACUCGUGUAACACAGGAUACAACCUGAAUGGCUACUCUACACGGACGUGUCAGUCUUCAGGCUCAUGGAGUCAAACUGCACCAACUUGUGGAGUCGUGCAGUGUCCCACACUAUCCAACCCUACAAAUGGUGCUGUGAGCUACAGUUCCAGGAACUACGGAGAUGUGGCCUCCUACUCGUGUAACACAGGAUACAACCUGAAUGGCUACUCUACACGGACGUGUCAGUCUUCAGGGUCAUGGAGUCAAACUGCACCAACUUGUGGCGACGUGCAAUGCCCGACUCUAUCCAACCCUACAAACGGUGCCGUGAGCUACAGCUCCAGGAACUACGGAGAUGUGGCCUCCUACUCGUGUAACACAGGAUACAACCUGAAUGGCUACUCUACACGGACGUGUCAGUCUUCAGGCUCAUGGAGUAACAGUGCACCAACUUGUGGUGUCGUGCAGUGCGCCACAUUGUCCAACCCUACAAACGGCGCUGUGAGCUACAGCUCCAGGAACUACGGAGAUGUGGCCUCCUACUCGUGUAACACAGGAUACAGCCUGAAUGGCUACUCUACACGGACGUGUCAGUCUUCAGGCUCAUGGAGUAACAGCGCACCAACUUGUGGAGUCGUGCAGUGCCCGACACUAUCCAAUCCUACAAACGGCGCUGUGAGCUACAGCUCCAGGAACUACGGAGAUGUGGCCUCCUACUCGUGUAACACAGGAUACAACCUGAUUGGUGACUCUACACGGACGUGUCAGUCUUCAGGCUCAUGGAGUUAUAGUGCACCAACUUGUGGUGUCGUGCAGUGUCCCGCACUAUCCAACCCUACAAACGGCGCUGUGAGCUACAGCUCCAGGAACUACGGAGAGGUGGCCUCCUACUCGUGCAAUACAGGAUACAACCUGGCUGGCUCCUCUACACGGACGUUGGUGCAGUGUCCAUUUCCGAACAACCCUACAAAUGGCGCUGUAAGCUAUAUCUCCAGGAAUUACGGAGAGGUGGCCACCUACUCGUGUAACGCAGGAUACAACUUGGCAGGCUCCUCUACACAAACGUGUCAGUCUUCAGGGUCAUGGAGUCCAAGUGCUCCAACUUGUGAUCUUGGACAGUGCCCCAUGCUGACAGCUCCUACAAACGGAGUUGUCAGCGGUUCCAACUUCUACGGGGGCAUGCUCACAUUCACCUGCAAUGUAGGAUACAACCUGGUCGGUUCCUCUACACUUUCCUUUGUGCAGUGCUCACUGCUGACAACCCCUGACAACGGUGGAAUGAAUGGAGGCAAUAACUACCAAGACGUAGUGACGUUCACCUGCAACCUUGGAUAUGAGAUCGUGGGGAGUUCAAGUGUAACCUGCCAAGCUGACGCUACAUGGAGUGCUAACGUCCCAACCUGCACACGCGUGCAGUGCCCAGCGUUGCAGUCUCCUACAAAUGGUGGCUCGAGUGGCAGCAACUACUACCAGGACGUGAUGAGCUUCACCUGUGACUCGGGUUACGAACUUGAUGGCUCGGCAACCAUAACAUGCCAGGCAGACCGCACGUGGACUGACAGCGCUCCGAGUUGUCCCCGCGUACAGUGUCCACUGCUAGCAGCUCCUGAUAAUGGUGAUAUGUCUGGCGAGAAUUACUACCAGGACGAGUUGACGUUCUGGUGUGAUCUUGGAUACGAGCUUGUUGGACCUUCCAGCAUGACCUGCCAAGCUGACAGAACAUGGAGUGAUAACGUCCCAACCUGCGCACGCGUGCAGUGCCAAGCGUUGCAGUCUCCUACAAAUGGUGGCUCGAGUGGCAGCAACUACUACCAGGACGUGAUGAGCUUCACCUGUGACUCGGGUUACGAACUUGAUGGCUCGGCAACCAUAACAUGCCAGGCAGACCGCACGUGGACUGACAGCGCUCCGAGUUGUCCGCCCAUACAGUGCCCACUGCUAGCAGCUCCUGACAAUGGUGAACAGUCUGGCGAGAAUUACUACCAGGACGUGAUGACGUUCUGGUGUGAUCCUGGAUACGAGCUGGUUGGACUUCCCAGCUUGACCUGCCAAGCAGACAGAACAUGGACUGGGAACGUCCCAACAUGCACACGUAAGACAGAAGUGUUCUGUCUAAAAUAA